UCGAUUGUGGUUCUGUUCUGAGCCUUUCCUCGAUUCACUGCUUUUUUUUGUUUUUCUCUGGUCUUGCUUUUAACAAAUUCUUGUCAGGAUCUAACUCCAAAAACUCUGUCGGGACAGGGGCAUUAUAGCUAAUGCAAUGUGUGACGUUGUUGGGCCAAUCCUUGAAGUUAUAAAGUUCAUCGGCCGUCCAGCUAUAAGAUAUCUUAAUUACCACAGAAAAUUCAACAAAUACGUGGAUAACUUCAAACAGGCUCAAGCAGAUUUGCGUGCUAGGGAGGCGGAUAUUCAACAAAAACUGCAAGACGAGCAUCAUUUUGGGAAAAAGCCAAAGCAGGAAGUUGAAAAUUGGUUCAAAAUAGUAAAGGAGAAGAUUAGUCGUGCACAAGGUGUUGAAGAUAAAGUCAGUAAAGGGAAAUUCUAAUUCCGCUCUUGCUUAGGGAAGGUUGUUGACGAAAUGACUCAAGAAAUUAAGGAAGUAUGUGCUAAAGGUCGAUUCUCCGAUGGCUUGGUGGUUAACGAUCCUUCAGCUCCAAAGCUCAAACUCCCAACAGAAAAGUUAGCAGGCGCUACUAAAGCAGAAGAAAUUUACCAAUACUUGAUGGGCGAUGAAGUUAGAAUGAUUGGAGUGUGUGGGAUGGGAGGAAUAGGCAAAACAACAAUAAUGAAGCAUGUCCAUAAUAACUUGUUGGAAGAAACCAAAUUUAGCAAAUUAAUUUGGACAACUGUAUCUCAGGACUUUGAUAUUCGAAGUUUACAAAAGAAAAUUGCAUGUCAAUUGAACGAAGAGUUGUCAGAUGAUGAAGAUACAACCAUACGUGCAGCAAAGUUAUCAGAAAUGUUGAGGAAACAAGGGAGGUAUGUGCUAAUAUUGGAUGAUGUAUGGAGCAACUUUUCUCUUGUGGAUGUCGGAAUCCUUGAGCCAACAACAGAUAAUGGAUGUAAAUUAGUGCUGACAACACGUUCAGAAGAGGUUGUUCGAUCAAUGGGCUGUAAGAAAGUCCAAGUGUUGUGUCUUUCUGCAGAUGAGGCUUUGCAGUUAUUUUUAAGCAAAGUUGGACAAGACAUGUUGCCUAAUCCAACUUUAGAAUCAAUUAUGAAAGAUAUUGUGGGAGAAUGUGAUGGACUUCCUCUUGGAAUUGUCACAGUAGCUGGAUGUAUGAGGGGAAUAUCCGAUCCUCUUGUGUGGGAAAAUGCUUUGAAUGAAUUGAAAGGUUACAUCAGAAACAUCCGGGACAUGAAAGAUAAGGUGUUUGGAUGUUUACAAUUCAGCUAUGAUCGUCUAGAACAAAUAGACCAAGAUUGUUUUCUGUAUUGUGCAUUAUAUCCUGAAGAUCAUGAAAUCUAUAAAGAGGAGAUAAUUGGAUAUUGGAUGGAAGAAGGGCUUAUAGAUGAAAUGGGAACUAGAAAAGCAAUGGAUGAUUGCGGUUAUUCUAUUUUGCAGAAGCUUGAAGAUAACUGUUUGCUAGAAAGGAUUGAGGGGGUUACAUAUACAAAGAUGCAUGAUGUUGUUAGAGAUAUGGCGUUGCAUAUCACAAGAAAAAGAUUUUUGAUAAAAGCUGGUAUGCAAUUGGAAGAGCUACCAAAUGAGGAAGAAUGGACUGAUGAUUUGGAGAAGAUUUCUUUAAUGCACAAUUCCAUAUCAACAAUUCCUCAAAAUAUGAAGUCUCCAAAAUGUCAAAAGCUCACAACCUUGCUGCUCUCAAGAAAUUCAUUGAAAGAAAUUCCGGAAUCUUUCUUUAAGCACAUUCCUAAUCUUAAGAUUCUUGAUCUUUCUAACAAUCCUAUUGCGAAUUUGCCAAAUUCUAUCUCUAAUCUGGAGAAUCUCACUGCAUUGUUGCUGCAUGGUUGUGGCAAUUUAGAUAAUCUGCCAUCUUUAUCGAAGCUUCAAGCUUUGAAGAAAUUGGACCUUGGAAACACUUCAAUCAAGGAAAUCCCUCAAGAUUUGGAAAUGGUGGUAAAUCUUAGAUAUCUCAAUCUUAGAUUUACCGAGCGUUUAAAAGAGAUCCCCAAUGGAUUAUUGUCAAAAUUGUAUCGUCUUCAGUAUUUGGCAAUACAUCCAGCACCAUCAGGAGCAACAGAGAUAAGGGAAUUGAAGAAGUUGGAAUUUUAUGAAGGUUGUUUUAGUAACGUGGGUGACUUGAACAUGUAUGCUAGUCAGAGAAAAAGGCUUCAUAAAUACUUGAUUUGGGUGAGUCACCGGUUGCGUUAUCAUCACUAUUAUCAUUCUGUGGAAUAUAGUAAAAUGGUUGCAUUUGUGGGUUUUGAUAUUAAUUCUGGAGACGGAAUUAUCCUUCCAUAUGACAUCCAGCAAUUACUAGUUAUUCAGUGUAAAGGUGUGAAAAGUUUAAACGAUAUUUGUGGAUUGAAAGAUGCAACUGAUUUGAAGGGAUGUGGAAUUUUUAAAUGUGAGGAGUUGGAGUACAUUUUUUCAUCCGGUUCUCAACUUCAAACACUUGAGUCUCUAAAUCUAAGUUAUUUGGAGAAUUUGAAGGCUUUAGUCGAAGAGUCAUCAGUGGGCACAUUUUCCUCCCUCAAAGAAAUCUAUCUAUAUGGUUGUGGAAAAAUAAAGAAAUUGUUGUCAGCUAAGUGGGUUCUGCACAACUUGGAAGAGAUCACUGUCAGGCAUUGCAAGGAAAUGGAGGAAAUAAUAGAAUCAGAGGAAGAAGGAACGGGUACCAUCAAAUAUACUCUUCCCAAACUAAGGAAAUUGAAAUUAUCAUUUUUACCAAAUUUGAAGAGCAUUUGUAGUAAACAUGGAGUAAGUGAUUCUCUCCAAUGUAUUGAAAUAGUGGAUUGUCCAGAGCUAAAGCAGAUUCCCCUGCAUGACCUUGAUAAGGAAAAGCCAUAUCCUCCUUCUCUCAAGGAAAUCUGCGUGGAUCCAAAAGAAUGGUGGGAAUCAGUGGAAUGGGACCAUCCCCAGGCAAACAAUGUCCUUCUACCCUUCCUCAAGUUUUGGGAUAAGGGCCAUUGGAAGCAAGCUGCUUGAUGAAGUAUCUUUAAAAUCAUAAUAUACAUAAAACGGGGAAGAAGGCUGCAGGCCCUAAUGCUGAAGUUAGAUCACAAUCCAAACAUUUAUUGCUUUCUCAUUCUCAUGUACAGAUGCAGUGUUCCUCGUAAUUAAAUCAUAAACCUUGAUUGCAUUGUUUUUUCUUUUUUUUUUUUUCCUUUUUAUGACUUUUUCAUUCCAUUUGUGUGUAAAGGUUAAUAUGCAUUAUAAAUUCGUAUAUUUAUAUUUGCCAUUGUAUAAAAUUUCCUUGCUUUCCUAUUAGAAUUUGUUUUCUUCUUUUAAUCCUUCCUCAUCACAGAAUAAAAGGCUUGCUUUGAAAAGUAGUGAAAUUAUGAUAUGUCUUAUGCUAUAUAUAGAAUUUAGUUCAAGUAAAUAUUGAAAAGUAUGGAUCACACAAUUUUAAUUGCCCAUCCAAAAAUCUAUUUGCCAUAUGAUUUUUUUUCUACAUUAAAUAAGAAUACUUUUUAGAAGAAAUUUGAUUAUCAAAUAGAUGAGUGAAUGCACUAUUCAAACGGAGAACUCUGAGCAAUUCAUACAUUGUGCGAAAUAGAAAUAAAAAAUAUUCUGACUGAUUCUUUGUUAAAUAUUUUCCUUCGAUUCUUCUACCAGAUUGAAUCAGUUUUUUGCAUCAAAUCAAACUCAUGAUCCAAAUGCAAAUUAUACAAUUCUAACCUUGGCAGGUUGACAUUAAGCAGGACAAAGAAAAACUCAUAAGAAGAUCAACGAUAAAACAUAAGCCAAAUAGAUAAAUAAAUCCAUUUGAAAAUCUGAACUUCUUAGUGGAUUUUGAAAGGAAGAAAGAAAAAUCCUUACUAAAUUUCUAUUAUAGAUAUUGCAGUCAUUUUUGUGUAUCCUUUUCUACAAUGGGAUAUAGAACAAAGCUCUGUUGUUUCUUCAAUAUUUCCUGAUCCUUUACUUCCUCUCUUUUGAGACCUAUCUCUCCAAUGAAACGAAAACCGUUUGUCCAGGCCAAUAUAUCACUCUCUGGUAGUCAAACUAUCGCCUCAAAAAAUGGAAGGUUUGAUCAUUGAACUCGAUGAAUAUAUUCCCCUGUUGCAGUUCUUGAGAACAGUCGAAACCUUGUUUUGAGAAAUAAUUCAAACCCUUCAGUUAUAGUAGCUCGAAUCUUUGAUCAGCUGACAGAUACUUUGUUGUCUGGUGCCAAGCUUGGAAUUGACAAGAUGACCAAGAGAUGGUAAAUUAUUGAUUAAAUACAAACAAAACUAAAUUAUUGAAUAAUACUAUUUCUCUCUAUUUUGCUUUUAGUAAAGCUUUUUUUUAUUUCUCUUUUCAGUCCAUCACAUCUAGCAUCUACUAAUAUUUGGUAUUUAGACAAGAAUAACACCGCUCCUACAACAUUUUUUGUUUUUCUUAUUCUCCACCAGUCACCAUCUUUGGAAACAUUAUUUGGCGGAAACCACUUUAAAGCGCUCCACUAAUUAUUUCAGCUUUUUAACAGGGCCCCAUGACAAAUUGGACCUUUGUUGACUAGCCACAGUGGUUUUCCUAGAAAGCAUAAGACCCAUGCCACCACCGGUCAAAUAACUCAAACAGCUCAAGCAGAAUACUAAAAUUUGUUCUUGUUUCUACUGUUCCCUGGAAUUUCUUUAUCUACUUUCCUCCAAGGUAAAAUUUCUGGUUUCCUUUCUUAUUUGGAUCUCUAGAAGUGCUGGAAAGAGCCCCAGUAGUCCUCACAGCUUGAUUCCAAAGUGAUCAGAAAAGAUCAAUUGAAGGAUUCCAAGUGAAGGGAAAUAACAAAUCUACAAGGAGAAAUUGUCUAUUAGAGGCCACUAAUUUUUAAGGGAGAAAAACUAGAUGGUGGAAUCGGAAGAAGAUGUUAUGAAUGAUAAGUAUGAUUAGCUUGAGAAGGGUUAGAAGAAUUGAGCAUUGAAGAACUACUUAGAAAUUAAGAUUUUAUGAAGUAUUGUUUAUUUUAGUUGUAAUACUCGACUUUGAACCUUUGAAGACUUGUUAUCUAGUUAUAUUACUUAAUGAGAACCUUUAUAUUUGAAAGUUAUUUAAUGGUUAUAGACUAGGCUUCGUAUUGCUUUGAGGUUUUAUUUCAAGGUAAUAUGGUCGUGUUAUGUCUCGAUUCGGGGCGUGACAAAAUCACUCGAAGAAUGCUUGUGAUUAAUUCAAGCAAUGAGAUAUCGUUGUAUAGGAUAUGAUCAUGCCAACUUAUAGUCUUUCUUCACCAGAAAAUUGCACUACAUUAAUUAGUACAUAAGUUUUUCUAAGCACUAGGUGAAGAUCUCUUACAGCAUUUUUGUUUAAUUUUCAAACACGG